AUGAGAGGAAGUGUGAAUAUAAAGGUCAUAAAUCUGGCAUUUAACUUGAGUGGCGGACAGUGAGUCUGCACAAAGCAGUCUUCCUGUCUGACCUGAACAGCAGCUGCUGUGCGUCUUAGAUGUUGAGGGAGUUGCUCAUGAAGGAGGGCGGGGAGGAGAGGAGGUGGGGGUAGAGGAUUUCAGCACCGGAGCUGUCCACGGCUUCCUUGGACGAAACUGUUCUUUCUGCUUCCGAGCGUCUCUGCUUUCUCUGCGCGACUCAGGAUAACAAACCGCUGCCCUCCUUCAUUUCCCCCUGCAGGGCGUUCAGCGGCCGACAGAGAGACGCAGAUACUUCAUCCGAUUCAAGUCUUGUCAUGCUGCACAGCCGGGAUUGAGACGGGGAAGGAUAAAGUGUCCAAUAAGUCGCGGUGAAGAUCAAAAUAUCCCGUUUACGCCAUGGGCGUGCUUAUGUCAAAGAAGCAGCAAGUGGAGAAGGUACAAAAGUGCAGUGCUGUUGUCUCAGCCUUCCAGGCGGGCCUCAAGGAUCGUGCAGCAAAGCAGGCAGAGACAGAAGUGGGGGAAGGCGGAGAAGAUGCCAAAACUUCAACCACUCCUCAAGAGAAAAACACAGAGGAUGAGAAGCCAGAGGAGACAGACAGUAAUCCAGAUCCAUCGACCUCCCAACAGGCCUCAGCUCAAGUGAGAGAUGAAUGUAAAGUUAACCAGGAGGCUUGGUCAAGGUUACGGGAUGGGAAAGGGGUGGAGCCUGAAGACCUUGACAAGAGCCAUCAACUCACACCCCCUGCUUUUGUGCGACCAAAAAGGGAAGCUGAUGAUGACCAGCCUAUUGAAGUGGACCUUGAGAACAAAGAGCAGCCACCGAGUGACGAGAUGUGUGAUGUUUGUGAGGUGUGGACGGCGGAUGACCUCUACCCCUGCAGGAUCUGCACACGGGUGUUCCAUGACGGCUGUCUCAGGGAGCUGGGUUAUCUUCGUGCAGAGGCCUUGCAGGAGAUGAGAGAUACAGCCCACACUGUUACUGGCUGGAGCUGCUACUAUUGUGACAAUGUGAAUCUUCUUCUAACAGAGGAAGAGUUGUACAGUCUGAUGGAGACAUUCAAACAGUGCAAGAUCAUCCCAGAGUCAUGCCUGGUGUCAGAUGAGCUGCUGCAGUACCGCCACUUUGUAUCCAAGCAGCAGUUUGAUAAGGACCUGAGUGAUGAACAAGAGGAGGAGGUUUUGGCCCAGUUUGCCUCUCUGGAUCCAGAGAAGCAGGGUCAGAUCGAAUGGUCAGACUUUCUCUACUUUGAGUCUCUGGCUGUUUUGAGGAAGUUCCGGACAGAGAACUCACUUGUGCGUCUGUUGACUGCAAAGGAAAGAGACAAGGCAAGAUCGGUUUUCCAAGGACUGGUCACAGAUAAAGAUGGUAUGAUCACAAGAGCAGAAUGCCGCCAGGCCCAGCAGUCCUGGUUCCACAAACUUAAAGAUCCUCAGUCUUGCAAUGUCAGACUCAUGGGAUUCUGCUCUCCUAUCACUUGUGGCAUAAGUCACGUUGGCCCAAUAUGUGAGAGCAGUCCAGCCAGCUCUGGGAGCGAAAGAAGCAAGACAGACGAAAACAGGCUAUUGAGCUGGGCAGACUUUUUGAGGGAAAGUGCCAUCUACAUUUUGGCAGCCCGUCCUAACAGCUCUGCCAUGCACAUCCGGAUGCCUUUAUAGUCCAAGAUCCUCCACUGCAGCCUGCAGAGAGAGGAAGACAGAUGUCCAUGGAUGAACAGCAGGAAAAGAUUAACAUGCUGACAUGUUGUCAUGAAGAAUGAAACUGAGGAACCAGGUUAAAGCAUCAAGAAGUAGAGAAUGAAGCAAUCAACUCUCCUCUCCAGUGUCACUUCAGCACAAGAAGACAGACAACUCAAGCUUGUGUGAUACACAGACACCUCAAGUGGUAACAGCUGUCAUAACUCCAAACCUCAACAGUUUUCAAAAUGUGUAAGAGAUUCUAUGGGAGGGACAGUCGCCCUCUUCGUGAUUAGCCGUUUUGUGAUAUUUCUGAUACUUUGGGUAUCGUCACAAUGAAACAAGAAGCCAGGAUGCUAAAAGUGGCAUAAAGCCAUAGGCGUUACAUAACACACAUUUCUGAGUGGGUUCAUUGGUGUGAUAAGCUGUAACUCUUCAUUACUUUGAGCUUUAUCAUGUGUUAAUGAUAAACACAUGACAUUGUUGGAUUUUCAGUUAAGCAUCAGAACACCUGGUGAAUUAAUGCUAUUCACAUACAAUAAAAGCCAAUUGCUACACGCACUGAUAUAAAUUAUUAUUCAUUAAACGCCGUAUUUAUUCCUAUAUCAUUAGAUGAAUCUUCUGUUUAUCCCAGUUUCAUCCAAGAAUAUGUGUUCUUCUCAAAUACUAACUGUGAAAAAGAUGUGAACAUUAAUGAAAUCUAACCUUGUAAGUGAUAUGUAUGUAAAUGUAUAUACUGCCAUAUAGUCCAAUUGCUUCUGUUGUGCUCUCAGAGCUGCACUAUGACAAGUAAAAAACAUUGCUUAUUUUGUUCUAAUCACAAUAUUUGCACCGUGAGAAUGACAUAAAAUGUAAUCAUUAUCUGACAUAAUCACCAUAAUGAGAGACUGACAGAAAGUCAGAGCUGAGAAGGAAAAGGUUUUGUUUUCCUAAGAGGCACAGCUAUUGUGAAUAAGAUGUCUGGAAGAAAAAAAAAACAUAAAGGACUUAUGAGGAAGAGUGUAAAUGAGACGU